UCUUCCAUUUUCUCUCUCUACCUAGCGGCACUCUGCCCUCUCUGUAAAAAAACUUCUUUUUUCUUUUCUCCUCAAACUCCUCCCACCGACGCCGAAACUUUCUCCUUUUCUCUCUUACUCCGGCGUGCACCUUUCCCUUCUCCUUCCUGGCGUCGCUUUUCUCUCUCUUUCCUUCCUCGCUGGCACUUCUCUUCUGUCUUCUAUCUUAUCCUCCACCUGCAGAUCUAUUGGAUCCCUCUUUCUCCAUCGUUGCAAUUCUCUUCAUUCGAUUUUCUACUUGGCUUAUAGUUUAAAACAUAUUUUUGGCGGGUGCAUAUUAUUCUAAGAGAGAUAAAGAAUGGAAACACAAAAGAGUCAACCGGAAAAACAACCAUCACCUGCUUCACCAGCACCAGUGGUGGCUUCAUGUAGGAAGAAAAAGAACGAGGAGGCCACCUUCCUUGAAGACUUUAAGGAUCACAUUGAUGAGUUCAUUAAUGCAUCAAUGGAUGAACACAAGACUUGCUUUAAGAAGACCAUCCAAAAGAUGUUUGGAAUGUCAAAAAUUGUAGCAGAAAGGAGUGCUGAAUCAAAGGAAGUUGAAAGUUUUUUGCCCCUUCGAACAACAGUGACAAAAUAGAGUUUCUUCCUCCUUCAAUAACGAGACCAAAAUUGAAUGUAAUUUUCCCUUGGGCCGGAGGGAAAGUGACUUUCCAAUAAAAAAGUGGAAGUCAAGAAAAUGUUAGACAAA